AUGAAACAUAAAUUGCAUACUUUUUUUGUUAUAAUAUGCUUAAUCGUAGUAUUAUAUUGUGGUGGUAUAGAGGGAAAAACAUCUGAUAAUGUAAAAAAAAAUAUUUGGCUAUCCCGAUUUUAUGGUCAUAAAAACGGAAAAAAUGCAAAAAAUGAGAAAAAAAUAGAAAACACGGGAAGUGCUAACAAAAAAAAAAAUGAAGCAUUAGAUGAUGAUCUCCAGAAUGCUGAUAUAGAUACAAUAGUCAAAAGUGUCCUUAAAAGUGAAAAUGUUGAUAACCGUACUUUGAAGAUUAUAAAUGAACUUGAUGAAAAAAAAAAUGAAAUCGUUCUUAUCAAUAAACGAAAAAAUCUAUAUAAAUCUAGUACAGUUAGUAUGGGUGUAGUAGUUGUUGGCUUUAUUAUGCGUGAACUCGCAUCAUUUUUAGUAAACACUUAUCUAGAUAACCAUCCUAACGCUAAAGCCGUAUUUAAUCGCUUGCUUAUGAACAAAUGGAAAUAA